CCAUUCCUUCCUUCUCUCUUUCUCUGCCUCUUCUUCCAAUUGCACCUUCUCUGACCUUUCUCUUCCAUCAACAAAGAAAAAAUUCCACAUUUUUUUUGUUGUUCGGGGGAGUUUUCCCCUCGUUCAAUGCAAUGUAAUAAACUUUCUUCUUAAACCCUUUGGGGAUCGUUCUCGGUUUCCAUUGUUUUGAUUUCAAAAUGCAGAAAGGUGCAGGGGGAUUGAUCAUCAUCAUAGCGCUUCUUACGGUGGUUGGAGUGGGUCGGUGUCAGAGUAGUGGUAGUGAUGCAGAUGUGAUUCGGAUUCUGAAAAGCAGCAUCAAUGCUCCAAUGAGCUUUCAAUGGACGGACCCUGACGUAUGCAAAUGGAGGCGCAUUCAAUGUGAUUCGGCGAAACGCGUGACUGCCAUACAAAUUGGAAACCAGAAUCUUCAAGGCACUCUCCCCAAGGAGCUUGAGAAGCUGUCAGCAUUGCAAAACUUGGAGUGCCAAGGCAACAGUCUCACAGGAUCGUUCCCUUAUCUUCCCAAAUCGGUGCAAAAGUUGAUCAUUCAUGACAACAAAUUCAACAGCAUACCCAAUGACAUCUUCAAAGGGCUGGGUAGUUUGCAAGAAGUGAACAUGGACGACAUCCCUUUCCCUCCAUGGCAGAUUCCUCAAAGCCUUGCUGACUGUGUUGCACUCCGAACUUUCACUGCUCAGAGAGUUGGCUUUGUUGGCACAAUCCCUGACUUGUUUGGCAAGAAUGGUCAUUUCCCAGGUUUGAUUUUCUUGGGGCUUUCUGGUAAUUCUCUUGAAGGUCCUUUGCCUCCAAGCCUUGGUACUAGUUCAAUUGAGACCGUUUUGGUCAACGGUAACUCUAGGCUCAACGGUACCAUUUCUGUCUUGAAAACCAUGACAUCCCUUAAGCAAUUUUGGGCUCAUGGUAAUGCAUUUACCGGUCCUAUACCAGACAUGUCAAACCAUAAUCAUCUCUAUGAUAUAAACUUAAGGGACAACCAGUUGACUGGUGUUAUUCCACUCUCACUUACCACUCUUCCAAGUUUGAAAGUUGUGAAUUUAACUAACAAUCUCUUUCAAGGCUCCCCUCCCAAGUUCAAAGAUGGUGUAGGAGUUGACAAUUACUUGGAUAAAGGGAGAAAUCAAUACUGCACACCCAUUCCUGGGGAACCAUGCAGUAGUCUUGUGAAUGCUUUACUAUCUGCUAUUGAGCCCUUGGGUUAUCCUCUGAUUUUUGCUAAGACUUGGUGGGGUAAUGAUCCAUGUGGUAAUAAAUGGCUUGGUAUAAUUUGCUCAGGUGGGAACAUUUCAGUUGUUAACUUUCAAGGCAUGGGUUUGUCAGGUGCCAUUUCUCCUAGUUUUGCUAGCCUUACAUCUGUCACAAAGUUGGUUCUUUCAAACAAUAAUCUUACUAGUAAAAUACCAACUGAACUUACCACUAUGCCUCAUUUGCAGGAAUUAGAUGUUUCCAAUAAUAAUUUAUAUGGUAAUGUACCUAAAUUUCGGGAUGGUGUAGUUCUUAAAUUAGAUGGGAAUCCUGAUAUUGGAAAGGAUAGACCCAAUUCUUCCAGCUCAGAUUCUGAAGAUGAUGAGAAUAAUAAUAAUAAUAAUAAUAAUAAUAAUAAGAACAGCACUACUAAUUACGUUAUUGUAGGAAUUUUGCUGGGGAUUUUUAUCCUACUUGUUCCAGGGAUUUUGAUAUAUAUGUUCUUGUGCCGCAAAAAACCUAAGCAUGCAAGAAAGUUUCAACAUCCAACCGCAAUUGUGAUACACCCUAAUCAUUCUGGUGAUAGAAAUGCCAUGUUAAAGAUAGCAAGUGCUGGUGUUCAUGGUGGAGGAGCAGAAGUAUUCAGUCCUUCUAAUAAUGCUUACCAAGUUGAAUCCAGUGGUAAUCUUUUGAUCUCAAUUGACGUUUUGAAAGCAGUGACUAAUAAUUUUGCUGAAGAAAAUGUGCUGGGAAAAGGUGGCUUUGGCACUGUAUACAAAGGGAAAUUGCAUGAUGGGACAAGGAUUGCAGUUAAAAGGAUGCAAUCAGGAAUAGUGGCAGAGAAGGGAGUAGAUGAGUUCAUGGCUGAAACGGCAGUGGUCACGAUUCGACACAGGAAUUUGGUUAAUCUCAUGGGGUAUUGCUUGGAUGAAAAUGAGAGACUUCUUGUUUAUGAAUACAUGCCUCAAGGUACUCUUAGUAGACAUCUAUUCCACUGGGAAAAUGAAGGGUUAAAACCACUUGAAUGGAAGACAAGACUCAUUAUUGCUUUGGAUGUUGCUAGAGGUGUCGAAUAUCUUCAUGGUUUAGCCCAACAAACUUUUAUCCAUAGGGAUCUCAAACCAUCUAAUAUUUUGCUCGGCGAUGAUAUGCGAGCUAAAGUUGCUGACUUUGGAUUAGUUCGCCUUGCUCCGCAAGGAAAAGCCUCGUUUCAGACCAGACUUGCCGGAACUUUUGGAUAUCUAGCACCAGAGUAUGCAGCCACUGGAAGACUUACAACAAAGGUUGAUGUGUAUAGUUUUGGGGUAAUUCUGAUGGAGCUCAUAACUGGAAGGAAAGCACUUGAUGAAAGUAGACCAGAAGAGAAUUUCCACCUAGUUUCAUGGUUUCGUCGAAUGCUACUUGACAAAGAUUCAUUUCGAACCAUCAUCGACUCGACAAUUGAAGCUGAUGAGGAAACCUUGAGUAGCAUCAACACAGUUGCAGAAUUAGCAGGCCAUUGCUGUGCAAGGGAGCCACACCAAAGGCCUGACAUGAGCCAUGUGGUGAACGUGCUUUCGCCUCUUAUUGAGGUGUGGAAGCCUACAGAACCAGAUGUUGAUGAAAUAUAUGGAAUAAACUUUAACAUGACAUUGCCAGAAGCACUUCAAAGGUGGAAGCAAUUUGAAGGAAAUAGCACUCUUGAUUUUUCUUCAAAUAGUUCUCCUCCACAUUCUGGAAUUGCACCUUCAUACAGAUCUUCAGAUGGACGACCAAGUUAGAAAACAUUUGACAUUGAUGGCCUUAAACUUCACUACUGUAUUUAACAUUUUUUCCUUUUUUCUUUUUUGUUAUUGUUUAAUGAUUGAGUGCAAUGUAUGUGUAGUUGACCAUCUAUGACACCCUCCAUCCCUUUGCAGAACAUCUUCACCCUAAUGCCUUCAUUCUAAAGG